ACUCCGAUGUAUAUGCUCGUAGAGAUUCCCAGGGCACUCAAUCUGCCCUCUACGACAUCGACAAGAGUCCAUCCUCGGUUGACAGACGAAGGAGAGAAGCUAGCGAAUACAGCAUGUUUGCAAUUGUGGGCACAAGUCUACGCUCUCUAGUUCAAUCCGCAUCGGAAUACUCUCUUUUGCGCGCGGCUGUCGGUGCACAGAAGCUGGCCGUCUUCGAAUGGAUCGAUAGCCCCCCCUCUGCGCCCAUCAAACUGGCAGAAAUUCAAAAUAUAAACUCUCAAACAACUGCCAGCAACACGCAAAUGCCCGUGUUUUUGCCAAUUACAGCCAUGAAGUUUGUCGAGUUCGCUUUGGGGCUGACGAUGAGCUCGCUUCUCUGGACUGCCCGAGAAGGCGCUCUCGUUCGCGCCGCUGUAACCCCAACCACCACCAAUAUGCAAGACGUUAAUGACAUCUCCUACGUCCCCGAACUCGCUUGGAUCACCAGGAGCUCUCAACAAGACUCGGCGUCGUGUCUCGCAGGCACAAAGAGCUCGUCCACUCCCGGUUCCUACCUCGAAUACAAAUUCACAGGAAGUGGGAUUCAGUUGUAUACGGCCGCUAGUGCGACAGCAGGAAGCUUUGCC